GUUGCGGGAUAUUCCUCUCAAGCAAAAGAUGACCAUAGAAGAUGUGUCUAGUAAACUUGGUAUUAGCAAAUCUAGGAUACAAAGGUAUUUGAAAAGGGGUUUCAUUAGGCGCCACUCUAGUAGCAUCAAACCUUACCUCACUGAUGAUAACAAGAAGACUAGGUUGAAGUGGUGCAUUGACAUGAUUGAUCAAGGUUUGCUUGAUGAUCCAAAGUUCAAGGAUUUGUUUGACUUUGUGUUUAUUGAUGAGAAGUGGUUCUACCUCACUCAAAAAUCAGAGAGGUACUACUUGCUACCCGAGGAAAAUGAACCACACCGCCUUUGCAAGAACAAGAACUACAUCCCUAGGAUCAUGUUCUUAUGUGUAUGUGCUCGGCCACGAUUUAGAAAUGGAGUAUGUGUGUUUGAUGGCAAAAUAGGUUGCUUUCCACUAGUCAAUUUUGAACAAGCUAUUAGAGGAAGCCACAACCGUCUUCGUGGAGAGGAAGUAAUCAAACCAAUUCAAUCAAUCACAAGGGAUGUGAUAAGAGAUUUCAUGAUAAAUAGAGUGUUGCCCGCAAUUAGAGCAAAGUGGCCAAGAGAAGAUGUCAACAAGCCAAUAUUCAUUCAACAAGAUAAUGCUCCAUCUCAUUUAAAAGUUGAUGAUCCUCAUUUUUGUGCGGUUGCAAAGCAAGAUGGGUUUGACAUUAGGCUUAUAUGUCAACCACCCAAUUCUCCAGAUUUUAACAUUCUAGAUUUGGGGUUUUUUCGAGCUAUUCAAGCCAUUCAAUACAAGAAAGAUGCUAAGACAAUUAAAGAUCUAAUUCCAGCAGUGCAAGAGGCAUUUUUGGAGUACUGUCCAAAGAAAGCAAAUAGGAUCUUUGUCACACUACAAACUGUUUUGAAGGAAGCAAUGAAGGUAAAAGGUUGCAACAAAAUCAAGAUUCCUCACAUGAACAAACAAGCACUAGAGAGGGAAAAGAGGCUGCCAUUGCAAAUCCCUUGUGAAGCUUCAUUGCUAGCCGAAUCACUUGCUAGUCUUCCUGUAACAAAUUAGAAGAUGCAAGUUUAUGCAAAUUAUUAGAUGAGUGUAUCUUAGGUUUGCAAUGGCCAAAUUGAGAGAUGUUGUACUGUACCUUAGU